UUUUUUUUUCGUGAAGAAUUUGUUGAACCAACCUAUUUUUUAUGAAAGACUGCUUCCACAUAAUACCGUUAAAUAACUUUGCUUACAAAAUGAAACCCAAAUAGAAAAGGAAAAAAUAAGUGAAAAAAAAUUUUGCUUUUUCCACUUUCCUUACAAUUCCGUCUGCAUAGAACCUACUUGACUAAUUGCGUUUACACACAAUGACUGAAGACUCAACGUAUAAACAGAAAUAUAAGGAUAUUAGAAAGCGUAUCUUGGAAAUUGAACAGGAUAAUGAUGCCCUGAAUAUUAAGAUAUUAAAAGCUCGCAAGAGUAUUCGUCACUUAAAGAUGGAGAGAAAUUUUUUGUUGAAUCGUAUCGAAAAAUCAAAUGGAGUGCUGGAUCACAAUAUAGACGAGUCUGAUCUUGCUUCUGAUAUUUACUCCCAUGAUGAAAUUGGCAAUAUGUCCCAUAAAUUGCAAAUAACUCAUCAUAAACGUGAAGCGGCUGGAGGAGGAGGACGCGGUGGAAAAUCUGCGGCCGCUAAUAAACUGCCGCGUAAAAAGAAAGACCCAAAUGCGCCUAAAGGUCCAGGCAAUGUUUUCUUUCUGUAUUGCCGGUUUGAACGAGAUAAAAUGAAAGAUCAAUAUCCCACAGAGAAUCUCGGUGAAGUGACAAGGUUGCUCGGUCAGCAAUGGAAGGCUCUGACAAAAGAACAGAAGAAGGUUUAUUACGACAUGUAUAGACGAGAACAGGAGGAAUACGCAGAAGCAAUGAAAACGUAUACUUUCAAUAAAAACAUUAAUACAGUAGAGACAAACGAUGAUCAUACGAGCGACCUACAUGAUGCUACUGACAGCAAUAUGGUAUCUGUUGUAUCUUCACCAACUCAUUCCACUGAAGUAUCUGUUGAUUUUCCCAGUGAUGACCUCCAUCAUCAGGAUUCACCUGAGGCCGACACUUACAAUGUUGUAGAGCAUUCUUAAGAAAAUAUACCAUUAUCGUUGUAAAGCUCAAUAUACGAGCUCCCCUCCUUCCCUCAUUAUUUUGUAGCUUCUUUAGAGAACACUAUCAUUAAUAAUAAGGGAUUAUUUGAACAGUUUUCAAUUAUACUCAGAAUAAUAAAGACUAACUAUACUUCGAUUAUUAGUUUUCGGAUGGCAGAAUGCUAGGCAUUUAUGUUAUGCAGACAGUCACCGAAAGUGAUAGCGCCAGCUGUUGUUUCCUCACCCGCCGGUUUCCCUUAUGUCCCUGUAAAACAAAAAAUAGAGGGCCGAUCUUUUAUUUUUUUGAUUUUCUUUCCGUCUUUUCUUCCCCACCC